GGCGACAGAAACAGAAAGUAUAGUAGAAGGUAGAUCGAUGUUCAGGUGGUACAAUGUUGUGAGUUACUGAAAUGUAAAGGAAUAACGUUUCGAAAAAAAGCACAUGGCAUAAAGUUAUGAAAGCACUUUAUAAUGAUAGCAAAAAUUUACUAGACAGUUGAGAAUCAUGGAAUCACUACAAGAUAGAGGAAGAAGUCUGAGAGUGAAGGAGAGAAGGCAUUACACAGAUGACUGUUUGCAAGAUGAAGAGAUUGAAGGAAGACGUUUGUUCUCAGUUGAAGAAAAGUUAACAAGUAACCAGUUUGGAAAUUUUUUUGUGAAGGAAAUGAAAGGUGAAGAUUUCAGUCUUAAGUAUCUCCAAGAACACGGUUUGGAAGAUCCUCUAGUGUUUAAGGAAAAGUCAGGAUUAGGAAUGCGUAUGCCCAGUGAAAAUUUCACUGUCAAUGAUGUGCGUCAGUGUGUGGGAAGUAGAAGAAUGCUGGAUGUGAUGGAUGUGACGACACAGAGAGACGUAGAAAUGCCAAUGAAAGAUUGGUGCAAGUAUUUUGAGAACACAGAUCGAGAAAAGUUACUGAAUGUCAUCAGUCUUGAAUUCAGUCAUACGAGGUUGGAACAUUACGUGGAGUCCCCAACUGUGGUUCGACAGGUGGACUGGAUAGAUUGGAUGUGGCCCCCACAUUUGAAGAAGAGUCAGACAGAAGCAACUAACGCUAUAGAGGAUAUGAAGUAUCCCAAAGUACAGAA